ACCGAGGGGAGCCCAGUGACCAUGACUUGUAAGAUUGGAUCCGUUUCACAGAAGCCUCAGGUCCAGCUCCAGUUUCGCUUCGAAAAAAAUGGCCAAAUCCUACAGCCACGCAGUAGUUCCUCAAAACUCCACAUCCCAAUCAUAAAGAAGGAAGACUCAGGCUCUUACUUGUGUGAGGCAUAUGCUGUGGACCGCGACGUCGCAAAAAGGAGCAUGAGCACCUACUUAAGUGUGCGGAGAGUCCCUGUCUCUGAUGUGAGCUUGGAGAUUCGGCCUCCUGGGGGACAGGUGAUGAAAGGAGACAAAUUGGUUUUCAUCUGCUCAGUUGCUGAAGGCACAGGAAACAUCACCUUCAGCUGGUACAAAGGGGCCCCAAGUCUGAGACUGGAAACAAAGAUUCAACUUUCACAGACAGCGGAAUUUGAGGUCCUUUCAGCGAGAGAGAGUGAUACUGACCGGUAUUACUGUACGGCUGACAAUGGCUCCAGCUCCGGUCCUAGCCUCAGCGGGCUGGUGAGCGUCAGGGUCAGAGUUCCAGUAUCUCGUCCCAUCCUCACCCUCAAGGCUCCCCAGGCCCAGACUGUGGUGGGGGACAUAGUAGAGCUGCAUUGUGAAGCCCUCGGAGAUUCUCCUGUGAUCCUAUACCGGUUCUAUCAUGAAAAUAUUACUCUGGAGAAAAGCCCAGGCCUGUCUGGGCGAGGAGUGUCCUUCAACCUCUCGCUGACUGCAGAACAUUCUGGAAACUACUCCUGUGAAGUUGACAAUGGCCAUGAGGUCCAGCGCAGUGAAGCGGUGACACUCAAUGUUAAAGCGUCCACUGGAGGCACAAGUGAUCGUCUUACUGCGGGAGUCCUUGAGGGGCUACUGGGCAGUCUUGUCCCAGCUGCUAUGGCCCUGUUAGUUUGCUGCUGGUUCAGGAAAAAGAUAGGAAGAUGCUCAACCAGGAAUCCACAAAGGAGCACCCCCAGUCCUGUACAGCAAGAAUCUAUUCACCUCAACUCACUUGCUCCAGAAAAUUUACAGCCUGUAUAUGAAAAUGUGAAUACUGCAAGUGGGGAUGGGGUUUAUUCAUUGGUAUAUGAAAUCCAGCAGGAAUUGAACUCAGCACCAGCUGAACCUCCCAGGACAUGUAUGGAGGAUCAGGCAUCCUCAGAUGUUUAUGCUGUAGUGAGGAAGGAAGACUUUACAGAUGAGGACUAUGAAGAUGCAAUGUAACGUGAUGCAAGUUCGUUCUUUGAAAGGCAUCCAUGUCUCUGAGCCUUGGACCCAAUAUGUUCUUCAGAGUUCCUGGAAGAUACGCUCCCAUCACACCUCCCCCAGGUGCUUUCCUGCAGGACACUAUUUCGUCUCCUACUAUGAAGCUGGCGCCAGUGGCCCAGGCCUUGAAGGAAUCACCCAAAAGAACCAACACAGAGAAAGUAGUGAGAAGGACUUGGUUACCCACACCAGACUCUUGCUGGUUCCUUUGGGAACAGGUCAAAUUGUUCUUUUCUUUUUGUGUGUGUGUCUCUGUAUUUUCUUUAAGAUUUAUUUUAUUUUUAUUGGAAAGUCAGAUAUACAGAGAGGAGCAGAGAUAGAGAGGAAGAUCUUCCAUCUAUUGAAUCACUCCCCAAGUGGCCGCAAGGGUUGGAGCCUUGCCGAAAUG